UAAAAUGACAACACUUUUUAUAAAUUUCAGAUGGUGCAGGCUAUGAUUCCAAAGGCAUUGAAACCCAUGAAAUUCUACUUCUCUACUGUGUAUCAAGAAAUAUGGGUUGGUGUAGCAUUAACAGCUUAUGCCUACUACAAGAUUUCCUAUGGGGGCAAAAAGUCAUCAGGAAGUAAGUCCUCUGGUUCUGGCCAUCAUUAAAGAUCUCUUCUCUUCUUGGAAUAUGAAUUUGGUGGUUCAUCAUUUCUGCUGCAAAUGAAGGGAGUUACAACCAUAGGGAAAUGGUUGUAGGACUAGAACUGUACCUGAUCCAUCUGCUGUAAUUGGAAAAAGAAUAAAUACAUUGAGCAAAAAGUAAUUAAAGAUGUUGGACAAUAAAUGCU